AUGGACUAUCUAUCUCAACCAGACGCCGGUCUGCGGAAACGGCCAAACUUGAAGGAUGGAGUCCUCCCGUCGGCAGGCUCGGACCCAAAUUUGUUGGACGUCGACUUCAAGGGCGCCGGUGGGAAGCACCAUCUUGCACACCACCAGCAGCAACACGGUGUAAGGCGGAGUGCACCGGUUACAUCGGUAUCCGUCAUCCCAACAGACCAAACACAACUGAUCAUACUAGGCGUCCUGACACUCGCCGCCUUCAUCACACGGCUAUACAAGAUCGGCUGGGCCAACUAUGUCGUCUGGGAUGAAGCGCAUUUCGGCAAAUUCGCGGGUCACUACCUGAAGCGGACAUUCUAUUUCGACGUUCAUCCACCACUGGGGAAGAUGAUCAAUGGCUUUGCGGGGCUACUAGCAGGGUUCGACGGCGGGUUCGAGUUCGAGUCGGGCGCAACCUACCCGCCGGAAGUGCACUACUCCAUCAUGCGGGUCUCCAACGCGUUGUUUGGGAUAGGCAUGGUCCCGUUGUCGUAUCUGACCGCGAUCCAGUUACAUCUUUCGCCGUUGGCGUGCGCGUUGGUGGGGACGAUGGUAGUGUUUGAUGUCGCGCUGGCGUGCAUCAGUCGCUUCAUCUUGCUGGAUUCCAUGUUGCUGUUCUUCACCGUCUUGAGCGUGUUUUGCUUGACGGUGUUUCGGAAUCAUCAAAGGACGAAGCCGUUUACGCCGGAAUGGUACUUUUGGUUGUUUGCCACGGGGGUGUCGCUCGGUACCGUGCUGAGCGUGAAGUGGGUUGGGCUGUUUGCCAUCGCUUUGGUUGGAUUGCAUACCGUAGACGAACUCUGGGAGAUGCUAGGCGACCUCAAAAUGUCACCGGCAACCUACGCCAAUCACUGGAUAGCCCGCAUCGCCGGCCUAAUCAUAGCCCCAAUGGCAGUCUACACAUUCUCCUUUGUCCUCCACUUUGCCGUUCUGAACCAUAGCGGACCGGGCGACGCACAGAUGAGCUCACUGUUCCAGGCUGGGCUGAGAGGAAACAACUUCCAUGAGAACCCUCUUGAGUUAGCCUACGGCUCCAAAAUCUCACUCAAAAACAACGGCCACGGCGGAGGUCUCCUGCACUCGCACGUGCAGCGAUACCCCACGGGAUCAGAACAGCAGCAGGUCACGUGUUACCAUCAUAAGGACUCGAAUAAUGAGUGGAUUGUGACGAAGCCGUGGGGGGAGGAGGGGGACCCGGAGGUGGUGGAGUUUGUUAAGGAUGGGGAUGUUUUGCGGUUGGUCCAUGAACCAACGGGUCGCAAUCUGCACAGCCACAACGUCAAAGCGCCGGUCACCACAUCGCAGAACGAAGUCAGCUGUUAUGGAAACGCCACCGUAGGCGACAGCAACGAUCUGUGGAAGGUCGAGCGCGUUGACGACCUCGUUGACAAAAAAUCCACCCGCAUCCGCUCCCUCACUACCCGCUUCCGUCUCCGCCACUCCAACUCCGGGUGCCUCCUGCGCUCGCACGCCGUGUCGCUGCCGCAGUGGGGCUUCAAACAGGCGGAGGUGGUGUGCCAGAAGGAGGCGGAUAAUGAUAGUAGGAACCAUUGGUGGAAUAUCGAGGAGCAUUCGCAUGAGAAGCUCCAACCAGGCGGCAAAAACGCCUACCGCUCCAAAUUCACAAAAGACUUCCUCGAUCUCAACGUCGCCAUGUGGACCUCCAACAACGCCCUCACCCCGGACCCCGACAAAGAACCGGACGCCCUAACCUCCCAACCCUACCAAUGGCCGUUCCUCCUCGUCGGUCUCCGCAUGUGCGGGUGGGGCGACGCCUCCAUCAAAUAUUGGUUGAUUGGCAAUCCGGUGGUUUGGUGGGGCUCGACCGCGAGUCUCGCCGUGUUCCUCGGCACGUGUCUGGUUUACGCCGUGAGAGCCAAACGACAUUACCGGGAUUUCAGCCCCCAGAGCUGGGAUGAUUUUUGGUUUACCGCAAAAGUCGGGUUCGGCGGCUGGGCCCUCCACUACCUCCCCUUCUUCCUCAUGGGGCGCGUCACCUACCUCCACCAUUACUUCCCGGCCCUCUACUUCGCCAUCCUCACCUUCGCCUUCAUCGUCGACCAUAUCGGCAAGAGGGUGUUGCCCCCCGUGGUGCAUCAGGCGGUGCUGGGCGGGGUGCUGGCGAUGGUGGUGGUGAAUUUCGUGUAUUUUCAGGAUUUUGUGUAUGGGUUUGAUACGCCGGCGAUGGGGUAUAAGGGGCGGUGGUGGUUGAAGAGUUGGAAUUUGAUUGAUUAG